AUGCAACUGGAAAAUAGCAAGCGACAAUUCCCAAGCUCGGCGAAAAAUGGCAAGGUGGACUACGAAGAACUGUUAGUCGAUGCAUUAGCUGCCAAGUCAGAAGGUAAAGGUGUUGAACUUGGUGAAAUAUGGUCGUGGAUAGCGAAAGAUACCCAAUCACCAGACACUGUAGACUCUUCAUUCAUUCAGUCCGCUACCCGGGCUCUCCAAAGAGCAUUGAGAAGAGGACGUAUUAUAAAGAGAGGAACUCUUUAUUUUGUCAAUCCCAACUAUGUAAGUUACUCAGCUUGGACUCUUUUCAAGGGUACGGAAUAG